GAUUGCUCGAAAUUUCCUCUCCGGAGGCUGCAAUCAGUGUCACGCUGUGCCGCCAUUCACAAAAUCAAGGCUGUGUAUAUUGUUGUGCACAACUCGUGGCAACAGUUCGGGUUGACAGUCUGGUAAACAUGAACCCAAAAUAAGGAUGCUUCACACCUCAUGGCGGACUUUCUCUGUUUUUGGGGGGCAUAAUCUCUUGAGACAUUUUUUUGUGGGUCUACUCAUGAUAGACAUCCAAAGACUAUGAGACAGUAGACAAAAGCAAAACCACUGCAAAGAAAAUGAUGUUGUCUAAUAAAUUAGGAUCAACUAAAUGUUGCUUUGCAUUUAGAUUUCUUCCUGCAUGAUUUUGAGCGCGACAGGCAUUUUUCGGCAUGUGUGUACAUUUUAUUUCAUGAAACACUCGCUUGGGGAUAGCAUGACAAAGAAUGACGCGAGCACACAUGGCCACCCCACUGAAAAUUUUCUGGCUCCGCCGCUGGGUAUGAGCGUGCGCAUUAGUGCGUGCGCGCAUGUGAGUGUAAUUGCAUCUGACCUUUGCUCAGCACCGGAUCUUUUGAAUGAGCUGCAGCGACGCAGGAAAGAAAGGACUCAAAUUAAUCAAAGGAUGUGAUGGCGCUUAUCUCGUUGGCAAAUUUGCUGGAGGACAGUCAUAAAAUAAAUUUGACAAGUCGAGCCAAUGUCACUCACGCGCGCGGUGCAAUGCAUUGUCGUGGCAUUACGAGCUUCUGAUUGCAUUUUGGCAGGUUUUCACGCUCAUUUCCAUGCAUUGAAGGAGGGCAAGAGAGUUUUUAGAUUGAUUCAAUUGUUUUGUGCUAUGGCCUCCAAUCAGAUUGCGCCAAUCUUAUCUGACAACACUGGGGACGACUCUGGCCGCUGUUCUCAGCCACUUUUGCACAUUUUAGGUCAAGUCAUUUUUUUUUUUUUCAGGCAGUGCAAUUUUUUUUUUUUUUUACGUCCACACCCACGAUUGCGCACCAGCCAACAAUAAAAAGGGUACAACAUCAUUGAUAACAAAGACUGGGAAGUCAUAAAGCCGAACAGCAUCUUUAAUAGCGAGCUGACACAUUGUCACGUCCCAGAUCUUCACGCCAACACACUCGGGUGAGCCACGCCGCUAGUUUUGUAAAACGCUGCUGACUAUUCUUGCUGCACUUUGCAUUCACAAUACAAAGCGUGGACGCUAGUUAUCGCUAUCCGACUUAGAGCCGCUCAUGAGUGCUAGUCACUUUUUUUUUAGGAUCUCAAUGAGCUUUGGAAGCUCAAAAGGAUACUGUUGUUAUUAUAGUUGCUCCACUUUUUUUUGUUUGUGCAAGUCGACAAAAGGACUUCAUAAAGAGCGUAUGAUUCAUCCUAAACUAUUUUCUCUCACUCGCUUACCAGGAAGGAAUAAAAUGGCAUCCUACUGUUUUCUUGUGUUAGCGAUGUGUGCGGCGCAGACGUUGUGCAUCACCAUCGAGUCAGUGCCCGGCAUGGACGGCGAACGAGUCAUCCUGACCGAGCUGGAGCGAACCGUGUCGCUGGUGUGUUUCAGCAACCGAUCGGAGGACGAAGCGGCGGAGCUGGUGUGGCUGAGGAACGGCCGGAUGGUGGCUCUCCGCGAAGGAAACCGCCAGGGACAAAGCGGCGUGUGCAUCAUGCCGGUUAUCCACCAGGACAACGGUGCCACCUUCACCUGCCGCCUGCGCAGCAACGCCAGCGUUGAGGCUUCCGUCACGCUCAACGUUACAUAUCCGCCCAUAGUGUCGGGAUCCGAAGGAGUAUGGGUGGAGCAAGCCUCGCCGCUGCUCCUGAGCUGCGACACCUUCGCCAACCCGCCCGUCUCCUCGGUGCGCUGGACCCUCAACGGCAGCGCUAUCGACAUCCUCGCGGGACGCUUCACUCUGACCGACGACGGCUUCACGAGCCGGCUGGCUGCUGACAAGGCGGAGAAGAGUAAGCAUGAAGGCCUCUACCGCUGCACGGUUGACUCGCCUGUCUAUGGAAUCAAGAGCAAAGAUUUCCUGGUUACCGUCACAGAAAGGACACUGAAGUUUCCGCUGAUGCCCAUCAUCGCCGGCGUGGUUGUGGUGUGUCUUACGGCAGUCCUGGCCAUUGUAUCACGCUGGAAGAGAAUUAGCAAGUGCUGCAAGUGAACGAUUGUCAUCAACGUCACAUCCCUGUCUGCAGUCGGUUAGCUUAGCGCUGAGGAUCAGAGAACCAGCAAUUUAACGGACUCCUUUUGUAGAUCGCCACAUGACUGCUCGUCUUCAUGACAGGAGGGACAAGCCCUUGCCCUGAGUUACGCUUUGCGUCAAUUCAAGUCUAAGAUUGCCAGCAAAUUAAACAACUCCUAAUGUAGCCCUCCGUGAGGACGCCUCUUUGUUGUAUAUUGGAACUCAAUGAGACUGCCUGAAGCCAGUUAGCUUAGCAUGAAGCCAAUUAAAGAGUCCUUUUGUAGCAUUUCACGCCUUUUUAUUGGAAACCGCAACUCGAACAGCCAGUUAGCCUAAUAUAAGGCUAACUCCGGACCAUUGUACUUGGCGCUGUUAUUCUGCCACCUAAAUAGCUUAUACUUUUAUUUUUACCUCGCAAUCACACGUUUUUUGUCGUUGUUUAUUUAUAUGGGCAAUCUAGUAUUUAACCAAAUUGGAAGCAAUGUUUUCAAUACGUGUUCUUAUUUUUACAUCCGAGACAAGUGGAUUUAAACCAAAAUUGAAGACGGGUUUUUAUGCCUGACCUUUAACUCCUGACUCAGUGACACUGACUCAUUAAAAUGGUGUUGUACAUUUACUUUUAACGAGACUAAAAGCGACGCAUCAAUGUUCAAGGCCACGCUCCUACUGUCACUUACCCAUAAAAUGAAAUAUGCUGGUGUACGUGUUCACUUGGUGAGAAAUAAUCCAAAUAAAUAAAGAACGGGUUCACCCAUCAA